UUUCCUGGGCUGGGACCCCCGAGACUCAGAAACGAGGAGCACCCCGACGGAGCCACAAUCACUGACGAACCAGUGAGGCGCUGACAUCAGCUCGGUGAGGACAGAAUGGUGGGAUCAGGGGCUGGGUUUCGGGGUAAGGGUCAGCAGCCGGGCGCUGAUCUGAGCGAGGGGCAUCCCCUGGGCCCCACGGAGGCCCUCCUCCCCGCAGGAACUGCCGCCUCAGAGGAUGUUCGACAUUGAGAAAUCCCCCAGGGGACGAUGGCCCACACCGCCCUUCGACCCGCGUUUCCCCAACCAAAACCAGACCCGCAACUGCUACCAAAACUUCCUGGACUACCACCGCUGCAUGAAGAACAUGAACCGCCGCGGGAAGAGCACGAAUCCCUGCGACUAUUACUUUCGCGUGUUCCACUCGCUGUGCCCCAUGAGCUGGGUGCAGCGCUGGACUGAGCAGAUCAAGGACGGGACCUUCGCGGGCAAAAUCUGACGGCCUGAGCGCUGCUCCUCCGGGGGACAGGCCUGAGUGGCCCCAAUCCACUCGUUUCUCAGAGACCCGGCCCCGGGCUCCCACCCCCAGCCUCUAAGCCGCAGAUAAAGCGAUGUUGUUGCCGCUGUUUCUUCUUCUUUUUAAAAUUAAUUUAUUUUAAUUAGU